AUGCUACACUCUUUUAUUAGGACUGCGAAGCUUCGCUGUUGGCUCAGUCGAGCAGAUUGUCCGCCGGCUAUUCAGGAGUGCAAAGUUCUGUUUGACAGAAUGUAUGCUCCCAAGAGCGCUACAAGCCUCGACGAAGAACUUGCUGAAGAUCCCUUGGACGACAGUGCGGUAUUGCGUGCAAGACUAAAAUUUAACGGUAUUAUCUACAGCAGAGCCUCAACACAUGUUGGAAAUAGUCAGGUUCUUUUUUAUCCUCAGGGUGACCGGUUAUCAUCUCCUGUCCCUGGCAGUAUUCAACAUAUCUAUGCUAUGCCCACAGGUGAACUGGUGUUUGCUUUACACAGACAGCUCCCAUUCGAUCAUCACGACACUAUUGAUCCAUUUGCUGUGUAUCCUGAUUUUCCUGCAAAAUUGUAUUCAUCAAGCUUCAGUAGUCACUUAGAAAACGUCAAGGUAUCUUGGGUUGUUAGUCACUUUGCUCGAUGGGAGAUUUUGAGUGAUCGUGUUGUCAUUCUAUCUCUAUGUCGUGUAAGUACAGUCAUUCCUAAAAUUUUGAGCAUCAGCGUCUGA